UCUUCGAACUCGAUCGAGACAUUGUUAAGACUGAACUGUGUAGAAAAUUUCAUCGCGAUUGGACUCUCCUUUCAAAAGUUAUCGUGUUAACGGCCGGACGGACACACAGACCGAUUCUAGGUGUACUCACUUUUUGAGUACACAAAAAAAAAUACAACUAAAAGAUUUCUAUCGUAAAAUGACCUGUCGUCUAGAAACACGAUCAAAGGAAUAUGAAUAGAUAUAGAAGACAGCAAAAGAUGAUUUAAUAAAAUCGUUUUUAAGUUCUCACUGUUAAUACUAUUUACAUUUCAAUCAAACAUAAAUAAUUUUGAAAGCUAUCUUUAUUUUUCUUUGUUUAGUUCAAUCGGUAUAUGACAUAACAGUUGGUUUUAAAAAGACUGGAGCCGAACCGACACUUAUUAGUAUAUUAAAAGGACGUACUUGUCAAGCAGAAAUGUUUAUUAGACGUUUUCCAAUUUCUGAAAUACCUACAGAUACUGAAGGAUCUAGUAAUUGGAUUCAUGAAUUAUAUCGUGAAAAAGAUAAAAUAUAUGAUUAUUUUGUUCAACAUAAUACUUUCGAAGGAAAUGGUUUACCUCGAAUUGAAAUUCCACGUAACUAUUAUGAUUUAUUAAUUCAACUUGGAUGGACAAUUAUUAUUGGUAUACCAUCAAUUAUUUAUUUUUUUCAAUUUCUUUGGACAAGUUCAUUACUUGCUCAAAUAAUAUUUGUUAUUAUAAUAUGUAUUGCAACUAUUGGUGUUCGAACAAUGAUUGCUAUAACAGAAACUGAACGAGGUUCUCAUUAUGGUGAAAUAAACAAAGAGGAUUAA